AUGAAGAAGAUCCCUGGGCAGAGUAUACCCUUCUCCCGAGCCGCAUCGAAAGAGCCGGCAAACACUGUUACGCAGAUCAGCCUGGUGAACCUCAGCAACACAUGCUGCAACAAUAUCAUCUUCCAGCCGAUCAUGUCAGGCCCUGCCUUCGUCAUUCCACUUCAUCCAGACCCGCAGGAGUUCGCCAAAUACAUCGACGCUUGGGGCAACAUCACCCACCGGCAGCAAGAUGCGACCGAGGUGUACACUCGGGCCAUUUUGCCAUGCCUUCAACAGUACAUGGACGGCUUGAAGUUCCAGACGACCACCUACCUCGAAUACUUGGAGUGCGGAGACACCUCCGAGAUUAGCCUCAUGCAGAAGCUGUAUGAAAGCCAGACAGAGACUGAGACGAUCGAGAUCGACUGUGAGACGUGUGAGGUCCGCACGACACAUAGCAUGGCGGAACGCAUCGGACGUAUCAGCGGGAGUGCGCCGGCCAAUGACCUGGUCAUUCGUGCUGGCCUGCAGGAGUGGACAACAGAAGGCGCAGUCAAGACCAAAGCGCGUAUGCCUGUUCACGACGGCCUGAUGGCGGUGACGAGACUCGGUACACCGAUGAGGGCGGUCAAUAUCUGCCAGCACAAGGGCCCAGAUGUCAACAGCGGCCACUAUGUCUGCUACCGCCGGCCAGCCUUGGCAGACCUCGCUCGAGAGUCGUUGAUCAAACGAUGGCCCGGGUCGAGGGGCUGCGAUCCGAAGGCACAAUACAUUAACGUCCUCCUUGCGCCAAUCACCACCGCAGACAUCAUUGUGCUUGCCCGGCUUGCCACAGCCAAGUUCCAUGCCGACACGGUAGCCGCUAUUGAAGCCGAUCUCUCGCUCUCCGACGGAAAAACGGCCGAGGCUUUGACCCGCUCUCCCGUGCGCUCGGCUCUGGCGGGCAAAGAUCUGACACCGGAAGAGUUCUGCUCAAGCUUCAUUGGCGGUGGAGAGUUAGCGCAGGCCAUGGACCGUCUCGUCGACGAUGGCAUCUCCUGCUUCGAGAAUGCGAAGUACGGGGAGCACCAGGCCGCCUGGCGGGCUGCAAAUGAUCCGAACACGAUGCCACCAAUGGCCGCCCCUCAGCGGACUCAGGAGUCGGAACAGAUUAUCUCGAGCCCAGUAUUGAGCAUCCGGCAGUGGGGCAGUGUUCCCAUGAGUGGCAAAUCUGCUCGCCGCGAUAUGACUCCGUGCCACAUCGUCGAUAUGCUUGCGGGGUUUCAGGGAGAAAAAGAGCAGCGAUCCGACCGGAAGGAUAAGUCGAUUGUUCGGAAGGGAGAGGAGAUCAUCAAGGCUGAGCUAGCCGGCGGGGACGAUAUUCUGGAAGAUGACGAUUUUUUCGAGUACUUGGGAGACACGUUUGCACGGGAGGCUGAGGCCGACGGCGGAAGCGCUUCGAAUUGA